AGGGGCCUGGUAAACACAAGAAGUAAGAGAGAGAGAGAGAGAGAGAGAGCAUUGCUAUAAAAGAGAGUGUUGGAGCUGUCUGUGACGCAGACUCACUGAUUCACUGACAGAAAUAGAUACACCACAGACUGAAGCAGAGGUCCUCGACCUGAACACCUUACGACCCCUCGUGCCUUUAACUGCUCAUUUUCAGGCACCUGGACGUGGAGGUUCGAGAACUGGUGAGGAUCCAGGUUUUUUUGGACAUUGCCUUUGUUUUUCCACGAGACUUCUUCAAAUAAGGCAGAAGCGGAAAAGUUGCAAACAAGCUCCUUUUGCUCGAACCUCGUGUCUCCUUUUACCUUUGUGGUCUCAUUCACCAAUGGCUGAGGUGCGUCAGAUGCCUGUGGCGGCAUCGGGCUUCCACGUCCUGUCAGCCCACCUCAUGGCUUCGGCCAUGGAGGAGUUUCCUCAGCAGCUGCCAGUCCCAAAGGGCCCUGCUAGGGGCAAAUGCCGCUCCCGGCGCCCUCGGGAGGCACGCUGUAAGACGCAGCCUGUCACCUUUGCUGAGAUAGCAGAAGUUGAGGAAGAGGGCUCGUCCCCGGUGGAGGAGGAAAGGGCUCGCCGCUCCUUCCUGCAGUCCCUGGAGAACCUGCGGAGGAGCACACAAACCCUCCACAGCUCGCCAUCGGCCCAGCACAGCUGCAGGACCACGGCCGCACACAGCAAUAUGGACUCCAGUGACUCCGACUCCACCCAGUGAGGGUCCGAUAGCAGCCACCUCCUGGUGUAACGCUCCUCGCCUUGACGCCGCUUCAGAUGGAGGCCAACUGAACUGAACCAAACUGGCCUGUAGACCAGCAUGUGUGUGUAUGUGUGUGUGGAUGUUGGAUGUGUGAAAGCUGAAGUACAGCUAAUUAUAUACUAACACAUGGACACAGAGUACUGUGUGUAUUUGUACAUAUCUCAGCGCAGGCUGGCUCCACUGCCAUACAGAUACGAUCAGUGUAAAUGUAGCACGCGACACAGUGAACGCAACACUUUGAUUUCUUCUCUGCUGUAGAUGUUCAAGAUGAUUUUUUGUUUUUUGUUUUUUACUUUUCAGUGUGAUAUAAGUAUUUUAUUUCCAUUUGAACACUUUUCUUUGAUUAAAAAAUAACACAAGUGGAGAAAAUGUUUGUAUUUUUACUGUUGUACUGUGCAUUGAAGUCACAUCACAAAGUUUCUUAAGAAUCUGACCUGAUUUUCCAAGAUCAUGUUGAAUUAAAUCUGCGGUUCCUACGAAGAAACAGAAAUCCUUCAUCAUGUUUUUAUUUAUUCUGUUGUGUUCAAAGGUGGACUUCUCCACAUGAUAUUUUAUUGUUCUUUCUCAUUUCAAAAGUCACCUUGACUUUCAAAGAACACUGUUUUACUUUAUUCAUAUAUCUUACAAUGGUUGUCACAUACUUUAAUAAAUGUUUUUAAACAUU